GUCUUACCUGCUGACCCUGCAGCCAAUCAGCGACGUCACUGCGCUGCACCGACUUGAAAGUCCAGUUUCACCAGGAAAAAAAACCCUGCGAGGAGGCAAGAUAUGUCACAGGAGUCAGACAACAAACGACUUGUGGUGGUGGUGCCGAAUGAGGUGUCGCUGCACUCGCGGCGGGCCUACACCAGCGAGGAUGAAGCCUGGAAAUCAUACCUCGAGAACCCUUUGACGGCUGCCACCAAGGCCAUGAUGAGCAUCAACGGUGACGAGGACAGCGCUGCUGCCCUGGGCCUGCUCUAUGACUACUAUAAGGUUUCCAAAGAGAAGCGGUUGUUGUCCAUUGGCAAAGUGGUUGAAAUUUCAGACGAGCAUGAAAAGAGGAGCUCUCUUGAGGCAAAUGGCAGCCAGGGGGAUCUAAACAUGGUGGACAACCGAGUCCAGGUGCUCAAGUCUGUUCCUGUGAACCUGUCGUUGAACGUGGAGCACCUGGAUGCGAAGCGAGAGGUGCCUGGGGUGGGAUCUGGGGUGGGUGUGGCUGUGCCGCUUGUGAAGGCGGAGCUUUAUACCGCCAACCUGUCCUACAAGAUAGAGGAGGAGGAGGAACAAGCACGGGGGUAUGAAGCAGGCCCCUUUGACGCGUCGUCCCUCCACCACGGAGGGUAUGGGAAGGACAACCAGCGGAGCAGCCCAGAGGUGUCCUAUGAUGAGGAGCAGGAGAAGUACUGCCCACCAACAGUCCUGGGUGCUGAUGGAUUUGUGUAUGAUCAACCGCUAAUGGACACCUUCCAGUAUACGCUGGAGGCCACCAGAUCCCUGCGUCAGAAACAGGGCGAGGGGCCCAUGACCUACCUGAACAAGGGCCAGUUCUAUGCUGUGUCCCUGAGGGAGACGGGCGCCAACAAGUGCUUGCGGCACCCCAUCAGUAAAGUGAGGAGCGUGGUCAUGGUGGUCUUCAGCGAGGACAAGAACCGCGACGAGCAGCUCAAGUACUGGAAGUACUGGCACUCGCGGCAGCACACAGCCAAGCAGAGGGUCCUGGACAUCGCCGACUACAAAGAGAGCUUUAACACUAUUGGCAACAUCGAGGAGAUCGCCUACAACGCCGUUUCCUUCACCUGGGACGUGAACGAAGAAGCAAAGAUCUUCAUCACGGUGAACUGCCUGAGCACGGACUUCUCCUCCCAGAAGGGUGUCAAGGGGCUGCCGCUCAUGAUCCAGAUCGACACGUACAGUUACAAUAACCACAGCAACAAGCCCCUCCACCGUGCCUUCUGCCAGAUCAAGGUCUUCUGCGACAAGGGAGCUGAGCGGAAGAUCCGGGACGAGGAGCGGAAGCAGAACCGGAAGAAGGCGAAAGGGAAGGAUGGGGACCCGGGGCUCCUCCCGCCGCCCAGGAAGGCUGAGAGCACCCAUUUCAAGAGCAUGUCAGACCUCGAGUCGCAGCCUGUCCUCUUCAUCCCAGACGUCCACUUUGGAAACCUGCAGAGAGCAGGGCAGAUCUAUGCCAUCAACACAGAGGAGAUUGAGUCAGAGGGAAGUCUGGUGGUAAAGAGUAUAUUCCGGCCAUCCAAGGAUGACCUCUGCCCACCGGCCCCUAAGAUGAUCAAAGAGGAGACGCAGAAGAGAGUUCUCCUGUACGUGAGGAAGGAGGCAGAUGAGGUGUUUGAUGCUUUAAUGCUCAAAUCGCCCACAUUAAGAGGCCUCAUGGAUGCUAUAUCAGAAAAAUAUGGACUUCCUAUAGAGAGGAUGGCUAAAAUCUACAAGAAAAGCAAAAAAGGAAUUCUGGUCAACAUGGACGACAACAUCAUUGAGCAUUAUUCCAACGAGGACACGUUCAUCUUGAGCAUUGAAAACCUGGCCGACAGCUACAAAGUCACACUGAUGGAAAUUUGACUGGCUUUUCGAAGGACUGCAGGUCACCUGGGAACCACAUCUGGGCUGGAAGGGAUUCGAUCGACCACAGCUCGACCGGAAGUGGGGAGUCAACGGCACACAGGCAGAUCUUCCUCAUGGUUGAGCAAAGACAAUGAAGCCGCUCUGUAAAUACACUCUUAUCCAAUGCCAUGUUACUGAGCUGCUCUGCAGAUGUGAUGAGAUGACUUAUUUAUGUGUUACCUUGGAUCUCCCUGGGACUCGGCUGAGGGAGCGGAGGGCAGCUACUAUUCACAUCAGCAUCUUGGAGAAACGGGAAUGUUCUGGAUGAAGGGAUAUGACCCCUCCAAGGAUAUGGUGUCACCCAUUAUAGACCCAUUCACUUAAGGACUCCCAGGACUCGGAGCAAGUCUGAGACAUGGAGAACAACAAGUCAAAGAGAUGUUCUCCAGCAAUUUCAACAACCACUGCAGAGAAGGCAGCAGGACUUGCAGAACAAGGCAUAUCGACAGGGGACGUCAGUAAGGCAGCUCAGCACUUUGGAGCACAGACUCGCUGGCGCACCCUGCGGAUUGGUGUGGCCCUGGCUGGCAAUGGAAGGAGUCCAGGAUGCUCGCUGUGACACUUGACCGGGGACUGGAAAAACUCCUAUAAAUCUGGAUUCAGUGUCCUAUGGAGAUCAUCAGUGGAACGAUGACCUGGUCCUCUAAGGGGCUGUGACUCGCAUGAGUCUGGACCCAGUGACCAGCUGGCCUUAUGCUCUCCUGCUUACAGUAAACACAGUGAUUACUGCAGAGGGGAUCAGGCUGAAAUAGUCUGGUCAAGGGUGGCAAGUGGCAUAGUGGUUACAACUACUGCCUUUGUGCUCAGAGGUUGCAGGUCCAAUUCCC